UAUGAGAGAUCUUCAAUAAUUAGUAAGUCGUUGUUCACAACAAUUCAUGGCGGAACGUGAAACGCAACAUUCUGUUUCCCUACCGGAACAAUAAUAUUCUACGUACUGUGCCCGUCGCCAUGUUGGCUCUUCAGUUUCGUCGUGUGGAAUUGUUACAACGAGCCACGUCUGGAAACUGUCAUUUGAAGAAAGUUCUUCCUACUUCUCCCGUGAACUAUGAACUAUCUCAUUUUCACGAGGUCAUCCGCUAACAUGGCCGCCUCGUGGUUGACGAAGAGAUGGUGCUCUACAGCAGCCGCUGUGACAUCCAAGGGCACGAGGUGGCAAAGACUGAUAAAUAGUCGUGCAGGUGUGUGGUGUCGCAGUCUCUUAGGUGAUUAUAAGGAGGCUUGUCGUGAGGUGGUGUCGGGAGCCCGAGAUCGACCCCUCAAAGCCUCUGUCUACUUAGGUUUGCUUGGGGGGAUGUAUGCGGGUUAUUACACCAACCCCGAUGAUUCUUCCUUUGAGACCUGCCUUCUAGAAACUUCAAACCGUCUGGCUCUCCUGUCACCAUGGAUACGCAGUGGCACCUCAGAUGGGCAUGUCCAGAACCUGGUGAAACUGCGAAACGAGUGCAGACUGCGCUAUGCCAGUCUGGGCUUUGCCUCUUUGACUUAUUACACAGACUACGACCCUGUUUCCAGUCUUUAUGAAGCACAGUGUUCUGCAAUUUCUGUGCCCUGGGCGGAGUUGCCCAAACGCGUACUGGAUGUGGGCUUCGCGGGACGCUGGUGGGUGCUUGAUCGUAAAAUGAAGGAUUAUGAUAUUAACGAAGAGGAGUAUAGACAUCUGUCUCCCUCUCUGGUGGCUACAGUUCCACCGUCACCCCAGAUAACUGAGAGGAAUGAAAAACUGCAUCAGGACUCAUGGAAGGCGGUGGUGAUGGAGGACGAGAGCAGUGUGUCAGACAGUGUACAGACAAAGGUGGAGACAUCUGGUGACGCAAAACAAAUGAGCAGUACUGUUUAGAGACACUUUUUAAUUUUAUUUAUGUUUACUUUAAUACUACACUUUGCAUUUGACAAACAUGAUGACACGGAUUCUGCGUAGACUAAUAAACUAAAUGUAAAUAGAAGAAGUGGUAUUCUAAUGUGUCAAUAAAGAAAUUAUGUGCAACGUAGUAUAUCAUUUUAUAAUUUUUCUGCUAAAUGUGUUGAAAUAGGAGGAAACUGCAAGAAUUGAACAAUUCCAAGAAAUGCUGUUCUUCAAAUGGAGCAAUGUUAAUGGCACAUAACUGUAAACUGAUGUUACCUAGUUUUAAAUUCUUAUGUUUUUUAUUGCAAUUCCUCGUCUUUGAGAAAGAAAGCAAAUGGCCCAUUUAUUCUCUGUAAAGUCAAAAUGUGUGAAUGAAAAUAAAAAACAUGCUCAUA